GUGUGUGUCGGGAAACUACCAAGUGGUUGACUCCUGAACGUCUGUGCGAGAGCCAGAAACGCUGCGCUCGUUGCCUUUGGGGCUUCUGGGAGGGCUCUGCGCGCGCAGGAAGACGGUGGAAACAGCGGCCGUCGCUGAGGCGAAGAAGAAGGAGAAAGAGAGCAGGAACAGUCCGCAAACCCGAAGGAAGGGGCCGUUGGCUCUGGGAUGGAAGCGGAGAAGAUGGAUGAGAAUGAAUGGCGAUACCACGGGGAAGGCAACAAAAGCCUCGUCGUCUCCCACAGACAGCGUUGUGUGGUACUACGUUUCUUGAAGUUUCCUCCAAACCGAAAUAAGACUCCAGAAGAAAUAUGUCAUCAUCUUCAGAACAUAGUGGACUUUGGCAAACACAUAAUGAAACAUUUUUUUGGGGAGAAGUAUGUUCAUCAUGGGGAAGUUGUACAGCUACCUUUGGAUUUUGUAAAACAGCUUUGUUUAAAGAUCCAGUCAGAGAGGCCAGAGUCUCGAUGUGAUAAAGAUAUGGAUACUCUUAGUGGUUAUGCUAUGUGCCUUCCUAACCUCACUAGGCUACAUUUUGUUGAACAUCGACCAAUUCUUUGCAUAGAGAUUAAGCCCAAAUGUGGGUUCCUCCCUUUCUCCAGCCAUGUUUCCCAAGAGAUAAAACACAAAGUCUGCCGCUAUUGCAUGCAUCAACAUCUAAAGAUAGCAAAAGGAAAGUGGAAACGGCUAAGUAAAUAUUGUCCCCUAGAUCUCUUCUCAGGAAAUAAACAGCGAAUGCACUUUGCCUUGAGAAGCCUAUUACAGGAGGCACAGAAUAACUUAAAAAUAUUUAAGAAUGGUGAACUAAUUUAUGGUUGUAAAGAUAAUGAGGACUCUCUCUCUGAUUUGAAUGAACUUGCUCGCCAUCUGAAGCCUUUCUUCUUUCCUUCAAACGGCCUGGUCAGUGGGCCCCAUUGUACAAGGACUAUUCUGAAAGAAUUGAUUCAUGUAAUAACAAUGACUCUAUUGAGUAGCACAGAUAUCUGCAAAGCAGGUGAUAUGAAGACAGUUCCCUCCUCACAAGGAAGGAGUUACUGUGAAGCUAGUGCUUUCAGUAAAGAGCUAGUAAGAAAUGGUAAAAAUAAAAUGGAGAUCUCUGGCCUGCCAAGGGGAUGUCUCCUCUACAAAACACUUCAAGCUCAGAUGCUGGAUAUGCUGGAUAUUGAGGGUGUUUAUCCCUUGUACAACAGAGUAGAGCAGUACUUGGAAGAGUUUCCCAAAGAGAGGAAUAUGUUACAGAUAGAUGGGCCUUAUAAUGCAUCAUUCUAUGAGAAGCUGCUUGAUCUCUCAAGUGAAGAUGAUGGAACAGUAGCAUAUGCAUUGACAAAGGUUCAGCAGUAUAGAGUUGCAAUGACAGCGAAGGACUGUUCCAUCAUGAUUGCUCUUUCACCUUGUCAACAGGAUGAAUGUUCUGAGCAGAGGCCAGUGGUUCUAACCUCCAAAUCAAGAUUCACCUUUUCAGUCUCCGUCUUGGACCUAGACCUUAAGCCAUAUGAAAGUAUUCACCAUCAGUACAAACUUGAUGGGAAGGUAGUAAACUACUAUUUGAAGAACACACAGGCCAAAGACGACUCAGUGAUGUCAAAUCUCCUGAAAGAGAAUGAAGACUGCACACUAGUUCUCCAUAAAAUGUAACUGGCUAGAUAUUUAUGAAACAUAGAAAAGGGGAAGAAUUAAGUUAUGUUGGUUUUCUAUUUUCAGUUGUGCUUUAAAUUUAUUACGCCUUUCAGAAACACAGAAUACCACUCAGACCGCCUUGAAGGAAUGAGUUUACUGUAAAACAGACAUGUACAUACCCUUACCACCAUUAGUAAAUUGGUUGCUGUGAAAGCAGUUAACUAUGACUACUUUAUGAAGCAUAGAACAUAAUUUCUUGAACUUAAUUCUUCAGUUCACGGAAACAGCAUUCCCAUGUGUUGUGCAGAUAUAACUGAAUAAUAUGUGAAUUGCUGAGUAGCACUUGCUCAAAACAAAUGGUAAAAGUGGACUAUUUCACAUUUAAGUCUGGAGCUGGGUAGCGGACAUACAGUGCUGCCUAGGUUGCAGCUUGCAUAUGAACAGGAAUAUGCUUUUCAUAGUCUUGUGAGAACAUCCUACACUUUGUUUCCAAAAGUGAUAUUGCAACAGCUGUUCUUAAGUGGUUUAAAUAAAUGCAAAAAAGCAUAUCUUAUUUAAGGAUAUAGAGAGAAACAGCUUUGCUUUAAUUACUUAAGAGUAAAACUAUCGAAACAAACUAGUCCUUCCUUAAAAACAAAGUAGCUCUUCCUUUAAGAAAAUAAUAAAGGAGCUUUUUACAGUUCUGCUGAAUAAUUUAAUCGCAAAUGAGCCCUUUCCAACAAUCCAUACAAGUAAAAUUAUACUAAACUUUUCCCAGUAAUUCUUAAUUCCAAAUAAAAUAGGUAUACAUGUGCCUCAUUGAUACUCUGAUAUCUUCUAGUACAUCAAGCCAUUUUGAGGCUUUAGUGGGGAAACAACUUGUGGAGUUAAAAAUACUGGCUUUAAUUUUUCCUGAGUGGUAGGUUUUCUUUUUCUGUUUGUAUUUUGCUUUAGACAUAAAAAAACCCCAACUAGCUCACUUUUCAAGGGCUUACAAGCUCAGUGGUUCCUCACCAAAGGGGCAUUUUCUCUAGAAGUGCCUGGGCAUGAUUUGUUACAACCCACUGACAUACAUUGCCUACAGAAAUAGGAAAAUAAUAUGCUUUAGCUUUGGCAGAGUAUAGGGCUCAGCCUUUCCCACUGUGUUGAACAAUGGCUGUAGGGUUGACUUGUGAUGGUGUUGGUGGUGUCGAUAUGCUGGCUAUUUGAGUGAGCAUCUGAAUUCAGAACUGUCAGAAUGCAAGUUGUGACUUACAGGCUUAUUAUAGAAAAGGAGAAACUUUCAUAUGGGUUGUCUAUUGGAAGAAAGUGUAAACCUUACUGUGUAAGUGGGUGAGGGCCUCUUUCCUGAGCUGUGAAAAAACCCAGAUUAACGCUGCUUCAGUCCUUUAGAAUUAUUGGCUUGAACCCAGCGGUAUCUUGUGCACAAGCAGAAUGGCACUUCUUGUCCUCAAGGCAGCCUUCCCAACUUCUGCCUGUUCCCCCAUCCCCUGCUGUUCCAGAGGGUCCUUCGAAUCUCAGGAACGGCUUUGUGCAGGUGCAGUGGGGAGAAGCAGCUAGGAAAACCCCAUUGUGGAAGUGGAGAUUGCAUACACUGGUUCUAACCUACGAUCUGUAUUUCAGGAUAUUUAGUGGCAUCUUAUGUUCUAGUUGACUUAUUUGUUUCACCAGUGGCCAGAUUUAUUUAUCUUUUCUGAAAGAUAUUUCCAUAAGAAUCUCCAUGGACACUCUCUUGCCUUGCCAUACCAAUUACACUGCUAAAAUAAUAUUAAAAGUAAUGGUCAUCUUUAAAAUCUUUUUUCACUUUCAUAUUUCUCAUGAAUACUACAAACAGAAUCCUUAAUUUUGUGAGCAUCCUUAGUGAUUCCUUAAUUCUAAAAACUCUUGUCUUGUGAUAUCUAUCCAGCUAAAUUAUACGAUCUGGUUAUAUAGAUGCUGUAUUUCUCGAGUCAUCCAAAUGCAGGUUAGGGCAUAUAUUUGGAAAAAGGUUUGAAUUGGAUUGAAUCUAGUAAAGCCACCGGAGUUCUUAAAUUUGUUAGCUGUGAAAGUUGCUGUGGUGCUAAGGAGUAAUGUUUAACUCAAAUAAGACUGUAUCUUAGGUUGUAACACUUCUGCAAGAAAGACUGCCAGACUCGUAGCUGCCGAAGCAAUAAACAAAACAAGGAAGUGGAACAAAUAGCUGUGCAACAAUGUCAUUUGACUUUGCAUUUUGCAGAUGGAAACUAGCUAAUAAGAAGGUCAAAUUCUACAUUUAUCACGUCUAGAAAGGCAGCUGAAAUGCUGCUUAAGGUGCUCUCUUUAUUUUGGGCUUGAAGAGUGGAUGUCUGUCUUUGAAAAACAGCUAUGAAGUUUGCUUUUUAUGAAGAUUAUUGCAGCACUUUAAAAGAGCAGUAAGAACUUUGAUGUACCUACUUAUGUACUAGAGUUGCAUUAAAAGCUGACCUAACAGAUCUAAACCUGAAAAAAAACACACCACAGUGGGCUCGUUUGCACGAUCAAAACAAGCCACUCUGGUUUAAACAAGCUACAGUGGCUUCUUGUGAGUUGUGUGAGAUUUGCAUAAUCACUGCCCAGCUGUGGCUUAUGUCAAUAGUCGAUGGGUUAUUUGAGAGUUAUUUAACCCUCUAAAUAUCGAUGUUGCCUGGGUUUGGGCGGACGCAAUAUGCUACUGCCAAACCGUGCCCAGCACUUGUUUAAACCAUGGUGGUUUGUUACGAUCAUGCAGACUGGGUCAAUGCCCUUUAGGGGUUGUUGUUUCCCCCCCUAUAUUCUAUAUUUACUGGAGCUAAAAAAACACAACACCUUGCAUUUUGUAAAUUAUAGCUUAUGCUUUGAUCCACUGUAACUUUUAAUUUCACACUUACAAUUUAUGAGAGAGGUAUGAAAAACCCGGUUUUGCCUUCAGUCACUGAUUGGAAGAAGAAGAAGAAGUAGUAGUUGUGCUACUGUAUGGAGUUUCUUUUGUAUCUUAAGCUUGAUUUCAUUAAACUUCAGUAUCAUUGUCUAAAAAUCACUGUUACACAUACAGCUGUGAAGUGAAACGGCCACUUUUUAUAGACUUGAAUUUAUCGGGUUGAUCUGAAGAGGUUCUAGGAAAUGGUAUGGAACAGGGGGAAACCACUUUGAUUCAGAAAGUUAUUUUUUUUAAUGAAAUUCACUCAAUGUAUCUUAUUAUUUAGCAUUUUGUAUUUAAAUGGCUGUAUUUAUUUGUCAUGACAAUUUAUAUAUUUGUGCCAUAAUUGUACAGAUAGCAUGUUUUAUGGGUAUGGUUUCUAAAUGGAAAAUAACUUAAUGUUUAUAUUCAAUAAAAUGAUAGAUGUAUAACUUAA